AUGGAAAACCAGCCUAGGGACUCAGCCUCCCCUGUGGGUCCCAAGGGGCGCCUGGUUCAGCGGGAGGUGGAGACCGUCUUCUCCAUCCCCCUGUCGCCCGUCCUCUUCAGCCCUGCUAUGCUGGUCGAGAUGGAUGCGAGGUUUCCAUUUGGCCUGACCAGCUCUGUGGAGGACGUGGCCACCUUUCCUUCGGGAAAGAAGACGUCUCGGGCGAGGCGUCGCAAGGCUGCUUCCUCAAAGAAACGCCGGCCCAAGCGGCAGGCGGGGGCAGCGCCUGAGGUUGUGGAGGUGAGACCCGGCUCACCAUCCAGCUUCGUGCCUGCAGUGGAGGAGGGCCAGGCGGAGGCAGUUGUGGUAGAGGUGACACCAGGAACGUCCCCUACCAGCGUGGCCAUCCUGGAUUCGUUCCUGGAGGACCAGGCGGAGGCAGUUGUGGUAGAGGUGACACCAGGAACGUCCCCUACCAGCGUCGUCAUCCUGGAUACUUUCCUGGAGGACGAGUCCGGAGAUGUGGAAGUGACUCCAGGAACGUCACUUGCCAGUUCCAGGGACCAAAUGCAGAUGUUGAUGGACGAGGCCAUGGACAUCAGCCCUCCUGUGACCCCGCCGCUGCCGCCUCUGACCUGUCCUCUUCUGACCUGUCAGCCUUCUUCUUCUGUGACCAGUCAGCCUUCUCUUCUCAGCCCUCCACCAGCUGUCCAAGAGGAGAGAGCUUCUGACAAAGAUAAGUCUUGUUGUGCACAUGUUGUACACGUCGGUGUUCCUUCUGUCGUGAGGGGUAGUUUUCAUCAGGGUGAUUUUAGGUUCGAGUAUGCAGGUGUACAGUGUAUGGCGAUAGCUUUGGUAGCUUUAGCUAAGCACUCGGUGUGUAAUGUGUUUUCAUGGGAUCAGAGGCAGUUAGAUUUGGUUUUGAAUCUUGGGGAUGCACUGUACACAGACCGUCGGAAUCGGGGCUUGACUCAUGGGCGUGACUUGUUAAUUGCUUCAGACCUGCCACGUGAGUCGGUUAUAGAUGGGCAGCAGUUCAGCUUUUCUUUCAGUCAGCCAGUUAAUGGGGCUGCAAAUGUUGUCGAACAUGAGUUUAUUGAAGCGGGCUCGUGGGUAACCUUAGAUGGUGGUUUAGAACAGAUGUUGGCACAGUACGCAUGUCUUAUGACACUCUGUGGUGCUGCUUGUGCCGUUAUUAAAGACAAUGGGCGGUAUGCUGUAGUCGAUUCUCACUCGCGUAGUGCUGAAGGGUUGGUAGAUCCUGAUGGUAAAAGUGUGGUUAUGUAUUUUAGUCAUAUUGAUGAGCUGUAUAGUUUUUUUUGCACAUUGGCUGCAUGCUAUGGUGAUGAUUCAGAUGAGUCUUUCAAAGAGUUUGAAUUGACUGGUGUUGAUGUUGUUGUUGCAGCUGAUAGUGUGAGGGGCUUAAAGUGCCAAGAGGCCGCAGAAGUUUCUUCUUCUGUACUCCCUGACAAAAACCCAAAACAGGACAUUGAAGUUGUUUCUGAUAGUGUGAGGGGCUUAAAGCGCCAAGAGGCCACAGAAGUUUCUUCUUCUGUACCCCUAAACAAAACGACAGAAGACACUGUGGUUGAUGUAGAUGUGCUGUGCACCAGUGUUCAAGACAGUGCCCUGUCCUUCAAUCCCCUCAGUGAAUGUGUUUGUAAGGAUUUAUGUAAACACAUUAAGGCCGAGUUUCAGAAGCCCAGUGUAGCAGAUCCUAAAACUGUAGGGCCAUUGGGUGUGCCAUGUCAAAAUGAAAAAAUAGUUGCGGAUGGUAAUUGUUUCUUUCGGGCAGUUUCACAGGCCAUUAGUGGCACUCAAAAAUACCAUAGAAAAAUUAGACUUGCGAUUGUGAAACAGCUUGAAAAAAAUCCUUCUAAAUACAACCCCCUUUUGCGCGAUGGCCACUCUUCUGUGGACCAAUAUAUCAGCAAGUCAAACAUGCGUAAAGUUGGUACAUGGGCCACAGAGGUAGAAAUCCAUGCGGCCGCAGAUUUUUUAGGCGUCGACAUACUUACAUUUUUUAAUGGACAUUGGCUGAAAUACGGUUGUACUACCGAGCCUCUGUCAAACAAUGGCAUUUACAUAGAGAAUAUUAACAGCCAUUAUGAAAAUGUAAUUUGUGUGAAAUUACCAAAUGCUAAUGCUUCUGCUGGUAUUAACAAAUAUAAAGUUAAUUUGAAUUAUCAAAAUAAACUGAAAGCUGCUGGUAUCAACAAAUAUAAAGUUAAUUUGAAUUAUCAAAGUAAACUGAAAGCUGCUGGUAUCAACAAAUAUAAAGUUAAUUUGAAUUAUCAAAAUAAACUUAAAGCUGCCAGCAUCCAAAAGUAUAAAGUUAAUCUACAACAUAAACAAAAUGUUAAGGCAUCCAGUAAACUUAAGUACAAAGCAAAUCCCCAACAUCAACAAAAAGUGAAGGCAUUUGGCAAACAAAAAUAUCACAAUAAUGAACACUUUAAAAACAAAACUCGGGCAGCAUUCAGGAACAAUCAAAAGCAAUUGAAACAAAAACGGGAAAAUUUUACUUUUGUUUUGGAUCAGUUUUUAAAGGAAGAUCAAGAUGGUCCAGAAUAUAUUUGCUGCGUGUGUUUAAAGCUGUUAUUUAGAAACCAGGUCUUACCUUGUAGAAAGGAUGACUUUAUGGUUAAACCAAAAUGUGCGGAUGUAGCUAAUGCCUGUAUCUCUGAGGCCUAUUUACAUACAUGCGAUAAUGAUUGUCCAUCUCCGUGCCCGCUCUCCGAUUGUAGAGGUAGUUUAUGGAUUUGCUACACUUGCAACACAAAACUUUGUAAAGGUCAAAUGCCAUCAGAAUGUUCAAUAAAUAAUUUACAAUUGGAUGACAUUCCCCCUGAGCUAGCCUGCUUGAACACUGUUGAACAGCACAUAGUUGCUCUUAACAUUAAUUUUAUGCAAGUUUUAGCAUUGCCAAAGGGGGGUCAGAGAGGGAUCCAUGGUCCGGUGACAUGUGUACCAUCAAGGGUUAGUGAGUCAGUUAAGCUAUUGCCGCGUAGUAACAUGGAUGGUUGUUUAUUGCCUGUAAAACUUAAGCGUAAACUUACAUAUAAAGGACAUUAUGAGUAUCAGUAUGUAGAUACAGAGCGCGUACGGAGGGCCAUUGCAUUUCUUAAACAGAACAACCAGUACUAUCUAGACAUUGAUUUUAAUGAAGAGUGGGUAAAUGAGUUUGUGAGGCAGGAAGAGGAAGCUAUGGAUACGGGUGUUGACGUUAAUGAGCAGGCAGAAGAUUUAGAUGAUGAGCUUCUCCAUGAUAGACAGCGUCAUUGUAUGUAUCAGGAUACAUUUUUUAUGCCGGUCGAUAUUGCGCAGGAAGCUCUUGAUCACUAUUUUGAGGGUAUUUUAAAUUUGGCUCCAGCUGAGGGGAACAGUCCGGUUAGUUUGUUGUCAGAUAGAGAGAAUGAGGCUAAAUGUUUUCCAAAGGAGUUCCCAUUAGGUCGUAAUACAUUCCAUAGUCCUCGGCCUGUUCCUUUGACCAUGUGCAGAUAUUUUAUUAACAGACUGCUGCAUGUGGAUGGUAGAUUUGCUCAAAAUUUUAAGUUUCUGUUUUUGGCUUUGUAUAUGUUGGAAGUUCAGCAGGUCGUAUCUAAAGUGUCAAUUGCUUUGCAAAAGGGACAUUCCGGUCAGGCUAAUGCUGCUGCAGGCGAAGGAACUUUAGAAAAUUUGUUACAAUAUGAUAAUGGUUAUCGUUUUAUGCAGCCUAUUAGAGGUACCCCGCCCUUCUGGCAGUCCGCACAAAAAGAUUUAUUUGCAUGCAUUCGUCAGCUUGGUAUUCCAACAUGGUUUUGUUCAUUUAGUUCCGCAGAUCUCCGCUGGCCAAGCCUCCUUAAAACGCUCUUAAAGCAGGAAGGUAGUACCCGGAGGGUUGAAGAUUUAGAUUGGGCAGAGAGGUGUGACCUUUUACGUCGUCACCCUGUAACUGCGGCUCGCAUGUUUGAUUCCCGCUGGCGCCGUUUCUUACGUAAAGUUAUUCUUUCCCCUGCUCAGCCAAUCGGUAAAGUCAUAGAUUUUUAUCGCGUAGAAUUCCAACAGCGCGGGUCUCCCCACGUCCAUUGUUUAUUUUGGAUUGAAAAUGCUCCAAAGCUUGGAGUAAAUACGGAUGAGGAGGUAGUUCAGUUUGUUGAUAAAUAUGUUACGUGUGAACUACCCUCUGACCCGGAUUUACUGGAAAAAGUUACUUCGGUGCAGCAGCAUUCUAAGCGUCACUCAAAAACAUGCAAAAAAAACAACAAAGUCUGUCGUUUUAAUUUUCCACGUCCGGUAUCAGCACGCACGUUUAUCAAACAAAAGGAUCCUGAAUCAGAGCCUCUUGUUACAAAAGAGGAAGCGGAGUUUAUUAUGAGUGUGCUGAAGAAUGCUAUCGUUGAUGAAAAUAACCUGUGUCUUAGUGCAGAGGAGUUGUUUGCAUCGUUGGGUUUAUCGCAGUUCACAUUUGAACAAGUGUACAGUGUUUUAGAUGGACACACACACAUAGUUUUAAAGAGGGACGUGGGCGAAGCGUGGAUUAAUAACUACAACGAGAAGUUAUUAACCUGCUGGAACGCCAAUAUGGACAUCCAGUACGUUGUAGAUGCGUGGGCUUGUGUUGUUUAUAUUAUUUCAUAUAUUUCUAAAGCAGAAAGGGAUAUGGGUUUAUUGUUAAGUAAUGCACAGAAAGAAGCUUUCAAAGGUAAUGUUAGUGCAAAAGAGGCAUUUAAAAAGCUGGGCAGCGUUUAUCUUCAUAAUCGUGAUGUCUCUGCGCAGGAAGCUGUCUAUCGCGUCACAAACAUGCAUUUAAAAGAAUUUUCACGAAAGGUUACAUUUGUCCCGACUGGUGAUAAUAUAGUACGUAUGAGCAAACCAAUUGGCGAAAUAGAUGAUGAAAUGGGGGAAGAUAUUUGGAUGACAAACACUAUUGACCGCUAUUUAAAUAGACCAAAUGACAGCACAUUUAAUGACAUGUGCAUCGCGACAUUCGUAUCCGAAUAUCGCUUGCUCGGGCCGUCGGACAAAUGUAAAAAUCCAAUUCUUUUACAGAACGGAUUAGGUGCUAUUACUAAAAGAACACGGACCAAGCCCGCAGUUGUUAGAUAUGCGCGUUUUUCUGAGACUAAAAACACAGAGUUAUUUCAUCAAAGUAUUCUUCAGUUAUUCAUGCCGUAUCGCGUCGAUACUGAUCUUAAGCCGCCUCCAUUUGAAACAUUCGAACAUUUCUAUAAAACUGGGGAUGUGUGUUUGAGUGACGGGUCUGUGCAAUUGGUAAAGUCUAUAGUUGAUUCAAAUAGGCGUCGAUUCGAACUUGCAGCUGAGGACUUGGAUGAGGUUCAUGAGCAGAUGGAUUCUGGAGAGAUUCAUGAGGAUGCAUGGGGCUUGCUCUGCCCAGAACAGGAAGUGGAGAGGUUGGAGUCAAGGGAGGAGUUUAGGGAGAUGUUGCAGGCUGUUGGUUCUGAGCAGGAGCAAGAGGCUAUUCCAGACUUGGCUGUAAGAAACGAACAAGUUUGUAACAUAGAGAAAAGAAAUGUAAUGAGUCGUCAAGAGGGUCUUUUACUUGUGAAAACUCUAAAUGAGCAACAGCUGUCCAUUUUUUACAAAAUACGGCAAUGGUGUUUAGACAAAGUAGCUGGUAACAACCCAGAGCCAUUGCAUGUUUUUAUCACAGGUGGAGCAGGCACAGGGAAAAGUCACCUGAUCAGAGCAAUUCAGUACGAGGCGUCGCGUCUAUUUGCUCCUAUUUGCCAUAGUCCGGAUAAUGUUAGUGUUUUAUUAACGGCUCCAACAGGGAUAGCAGCAUAUAAUUUACAGGCGGCUACUAUCCACACAACAUUUAGUAUCGGUACUAAUGUUUCCCUCCCCUACACACCGCUGGGGGAGGAAAAGAUUAAUACACUGCGCGUUAAAUACAUGGAUUUACAAAUUGUAAUUAUCGAUGAGAUAUCCAUGGUUGAUAAAAAAUUAUUUACUUAUAUUCACGGGCGAUUGCGUCAAAUUAAACAGUCAGGUGACUUUUCUCCAUUUGGAAAUGUGUCUGUUAUCGCUGUUGGGGAUUUCUACCAAUUAUCACCGGUCAUGGGGCAAGCUCUGUACAAAGAAAACGUAGGCGUUAAUUUAUUCACAGAUUUAUUCAAAAUUGCGGAGUUAACAAUUGUAGUCAGACAAAAAGAUAAUACUUUUGCAGAGCUAUUAAACCGGCUUCGAGUGCGCUCAAGGUUGACACCACUGCUUGAUGGAGACAUAGAUAUAUUAAAACGUUGUGAAACAGGCGAAGAUCCCGACGUGUUACACAUUUUCACCAAAAACAGCUUUGUAUCAAAUUAUAAUUUAAAGAUUUUGAAUAGAGUUUGUCCAGAAAAAGUAACAAUUAGUGCGCGUGAUUUUGGCUAUGACAAAAAGACCGGGAAGUUAAUCGAGAUACAAGGCCAUCUCCAUAAAUCCAAACAGGCCAGUUUGGAGGAGUCUUUAAUCUUGGGUGUAAAUGCGCGUGUAAUGCUCUGUAAAAAUGUAGAUUUAGCUGAUGGUUUAGUAAAUGGGGUAUGUGGCAUUGUUACAUAUAUAGUUGAAAAUCCUCAGAAUAAACAGCCUCCUCUUGCAAUCUAUGUUAAAUUUGACGACGAUCGGGUAGGCGCACAAAGGAGGAGGCAAACGCGUACCCCUGCUCACCUGACUGGUUCUACUCGCAUAGAACCAGAGGAGGAGCAGGCAAAUAAACGAGGGGAAAAGCGUCGUCAGUUUCCACUUAAACUUGCGUGGGCGUGCACAGUACAUAAAGUACAGGGAGUUACCGUAGAUCAAGCAGUGGUGUCCCUUAAACAAGUAUUCACGGCGGGUCAGGCGUAUGUGGCCCUUAGUCGCGUUAGAAGUUUAGAGGGUCUUGUCAUUCAGGACUUUGAUGAAGAUGCCAUUUAUUGUAACGAUGGCAUUAGAGCGGCGCUUCAGAACAUGCCUCCCUUCAUAGUCGAGAGUAUGCCCUGGCACCUACAAGAGGCACAUGUCCUGACAUUCUUUUAUAUGAAUGUUCAUGGUUUAGAGCGGCAUGUGUCAGAUUUGGCUUUAUGCACACAGCACUGGCAGCCUAACUGUAUCGCUGUGGUAGAGACAUGGUUAACUGUAAAUUCAACAUUUCAAACUAGUCACAUUGAAGGUUUUAACUUCCAUAGUCGUCCCCGUAGUUUGUCUUAUCAGCAGAGUAACCAUCCAGCACUGACUAGUUUACUACACCAACAGCUUGGUGGCGUUGGUAUUUACUGUGAAGAAAACCUUAACUAUGAAAUCACAGUACGAGAUUUUAGUUUAGAAUGUUUAGUGAACUAUUUUGCAGAGUAUAAAAUUAUAGUUUCUGUUAUUUACCGCCCACCGUCUUACCCCAUGUCUCUAUUUAAGUAUAAUUUGGACAGAUUAUUGAAUUGGCUUGAAUCACAUUGUGCCACUGUGGCAGUGACGGGAGAUUUUAAUGAUGACAUAUUGAAAUCUUCAAAUCUCUGCAAUUUUAUGAUAGAAAAAGGUUAUGUUCAAUAUGUCACAUCUCCCACAACAGAGAGGGGGACAUUAAUUGAUCAUUUAUAUGUGAAAUCUACAGAGUAUGACAUAGAUUCUGUAGUGGUGCCAACGUACUUCAGCGACCAUGAGGGGAUAGCAUUUUCUUUCAAAUGUACAUCUACAUAG